UCAGUCAAUCGAGCAGCAGAUUCGGUCAUGCAAAUACAAGUUAAUAUUAGCGGCAUGCGCAAUGACCUUCUUAUUCAUCCUUAUAUUACAUACAUCCGGCAGUGUAUACGAUAUGUCUGAUAACAAGCACGUAUUGCCCACUAAAGUUAAGAAGAUCACGCACGUGGCUGCAAACAGAGACUACAUGCGCAACGGCGAUGACGAUACUGUACAUGUAAAACUGUUUGAGAAGCGCAAGCCGAAGUCGAAUGAUCCAUUUGAUGCGACGAUACCCCGGUGGUGGGCGAACCGGCCCGAAUCAGAUACCUUCAAACACCCACAUCCCCCCGCACACGCGGUGGACGGGGACAAAUUGGUCCUAGGUCUAGAAACAAGGACAGUCUUCAAGAGUGGCAAUGAGGUGCAGUGCGAGGAUUUGGACAUAGGGAUGAGUCAUGAAGGCCGCUUGUUUGGACAGGUCAAAGACCUCUGGAUGGACGAUGAUGUUGUGCUACUGCAGAUUGGAGCCAACGACGGACGCACACACGACGACCCCAUUUACAAACACUACAGACGCGCUCGUGCAUGGCGUGGUGUGUUUCUGGAGCCAAUCCCCUACUUCUACAACAAGCUACAGCGCACAUACGGCCAGGCUGAGCUGAUGAAAAUCAGGUCACUCCUGCUGAACUACGUCGUGGCCGAUAAGGAUGACUAUCGCGCCCAUAAGGCCGGCCUAACUGAUGGCUUAAGUGAUGUGGUGAAAUGAGGUCUCCUGCGUUCAACCGAUGCAGUGCCCGACAACGAUGGUGUGUUGUUCGUGCUAGAGGUUUACA